CGACAGGAAAGCGAGCGAAUUAAAUGAUCGAAACAGUAAAAAAUUACGUAUCAAUGCUGCACCAUAUGUCCAAUCAUCUCGAAGUAAAUGCUGUGCACGUAUGAAUUCUGUGCAGAGAUUGAGAUCUGUAAUCUUGUCUUCAUUUGCAGACUGGCCUGAAACCCUGAAGGCUGAAAGCUGAAAGCUGAGGCAGAAGCAGAGCAAUUCCAGAUUAACACUUGCCCUGUGGCGGGCAGAAAGCUCACACGUUGGAAGCCUCGAGUUUAUUUUUAAUGGAAGUUUCCCGCGAUCUGGAAAUUCAUUAAUGCGGCCAUGGCAGCAGCACUCGGAGGCUUGGCAAUAGCUCUGAGCAUCGUUUUUGGAGCUCUGGUUUUGGUGUUGUUAGCAGAGGUUUAUUAUGUAUUUUACUGGAAGCGGCACAGGGCAUGGAACAGGAGAAGCAGAAUCAUUAGUGAAGAUGCAGAGAGAGAAAGGGGAUUUGAUUUGUCCAGGGAGACAGGGCUUGUGUCUUCUUUAGGCUCGCCAUCGGAGGUCACAAAGUUGUGCUCCGGGGUUAUGGGAAGCAACAGUAGUCUUUACAUGCAAGGAGUGCUUGGCGGGCCAAGGCUGCUUUUCACCAUUAAAGAGGAAACCAUGGAGGACAUGGAACAUGAUGAUGAUGAUGAAAAGCAUCAACGGAAGUAUGCGUAUUCCAUCGGAUUGAUUUCUCAGAAGAAGAAGAAGGUGCAGGAAACUUAUUACAACUCUUUGAGAGCCAUGUCCCCUGCUUUGCAGCCUAUAACGACCUACUCAAAGAGCGUCUUCUUCCACUCCUCUGCUUCAGAGACCUCCAUGUCCCCUGUUAGCGGCCGCUCAUUCAGCCAGCCUUCAUCGCCGCCGCUUCGCUACCACCGCUGCGGUUCGUUGUCCUCUCCUUCGUGGCUUUCCUCUUCUUGUUCUACUUCGCCCUCUGUUUCCGAGCGCAGGUUCGAACCCCCGUCUCUGUCUCCGUCACCGUCUCCGUCGCAGCGCCACAAUUAUUACAUCUCCAAUCCAAUCUAUGAGGGGGACAAUUUUUCUUCGUGCAGAGCCAGACUUUCGUCGCAGAACACGACUCCCUUUGCAACCCCGCUUUCGUCCCCGUCAUGGCUGGUUCAGCCUUGGGACACACCGCCAUUAACGCCGCCUCUUUCUCCCAUCAGAGCUCCUCUGGCGGCCUAUUCUCAUCCGCUUCUCAACAGCCCUUCGCUUAUCAGAAAUUUCUCUGGCAGCACCAAUUCCUCGCCCCCUUCGAAGCGAAUGUCUCCUUAAAUAAAAUAAUCCUUUUGCUUCAUGCCCUGCCCUACACUUUUCUUUCCCCUUUUCAAUUUAACAAUUUCUUUUUGUCGCUAUAAAUUGGAAAGGGGCAAAUGCAUACAGCGAGAUUGUAAUUUGAAACAGGAUUACACGGGCUUUGAAUCUGUAGGCAUUUCUUUAAUGCGCAAAGCGAAAAGAAUCCUUCUGCUUGCCCUGCCCUGCACUUUUCUUUCCCUUUUUCAAUGUAACAACGUCUUUCUGUCGCUAUAAAUUGGAAAGGGGCAGAUGCACGCACACAAAUAGUGAUUUGGAAAAGGAAUUACAUAACCUCUGAAUCUGUUCGCAUUUCUUUAAUUUGCAAAGCACUGUCUGAAAAGCUGGCAGAAAGUUUCCUGUUCCUUUUCAGAUAGUGGAACCACAUCUUUCGAUUUCGAUAGCGCAAAUGCUUCUGUAAGUUUAAUUUCAUGUAUAAAUUUAUAUGUCAAGAUGAUUGCUUCA